AUAAAAAAUUUCGGAAGGGAAUAUCAUCAUUAUACUAUAUUUUUAAUUCAUUUUUUAUUUUCUAUUUUUCAAUUCCACGUAGAGAAAAAUUAAAUUCCAGAAUUCUUUUGUAAUGGUUUAUUUAGAUUCUUAAAUAUUCUACCACGUGGGAAUCAUAUUUUAUUUCUCAAAUGCAAAUCUAAUUUUUAGAAUUUUUAGAAUUGAAUGAAUCGAAUGAAUUAAAUCAUUUUGGAUUAAAUAAGUAUUAUUAAAAUUAUGGCGUCGAAUUGGGAAGAAUUUUACGCUAAAAAUCCACCGCCUUUGGAUUUACUGAACAGUGAAAAUCUUAUGAAAAAAUUUGCUCAACAACAUGAGGAUCAAAAAAUUGCUAUUGUGACGAGUGGAGGCACUACAGUUCCAUUGGAACACAAUACAGUACGUUACGUGGAUAAUUUCAGCGCUGGAACAAGAGGAGCAAUUUCUGCAGAAUACUUUCUAGAUAAUGGAUAUUCCGUUAUUUUUCUACACAGACUAAAAUCACUGGAGCCUUUUUCACGUCAUUUUGCAAAUCAAUCAUUCCUUGAUAUGCUCGAUUUAGGAAUUAACGAUGAACAACCAAUAGUUCAAAUUUCCUCACAAUAUACAGAACAAGUUUCAAAAGUAUUAUGUAAAUAUAAGGAAAUAUUGAAACAGGGGAGACUGCUGCAAAUAAAUUUUACAACUUUAGCUGAUUAUCUUUGGCUACUGCGAUCAGCUUGUCAGGCGCUCGCUCCCUUAAAAGAAAAGGCAAUUUUUUAUCUAGCAGCCGCUGCCUCCGAUUUUUACAUUCCACCCAACGAAAUGGCAGUGCAUAAAAUAUCAUCAAGUGGUCCACCGAAAAUUGCCCUGCAAUUGGUGCCAAAAAUUUUGAAACCCUUAGUAAGCCUCUGGGUGCCUGAUGCUUUUGUGAUAUCUUUUAAACUUGAAACUGACGAAAAUUUAUUAAUCUCCAAAGCUAGAGAUGCUCUUAAUAAUUAUCAACACAAAUUCGUUGUGGCAAAUAUGCUGCAAACUCGAAAAGAACGAGUUGUAAUUGUCAGCAAAGAUGAUAAUUAUGAGAUAACAAUGACAAAAUCAGAAAUUUCCCAGGGCAUGGAAAUUGAGAAGAAAAUAAUUGCCGAUCUUGUUGAGAAACAUGAUAAAUUUAUUCUCGAUGCUAAAAUGUCAAGAUGAAGACUUUGAACCUUCUUUUCUUCCUAUUUACAAAAGUGGUAAACUACUUUUGUACUAAAUAUUAUAAUUCGUUAAUUAUAUAAACCAGAAUAGAAAAAACAGAUUUUCAGUAAAAAUUUGUUCGGGGCAAAAA